AUGGUCGAAGUUCACGGUUCUUGCGAUCCUUAUUUCAACUCGGUGCGUGACCUUUUGCAACAGAAGCUCGCCGAUGGUGAUGAAGUUGGGGCUUCUAUUUGUGUCAAAAUCGACGGCAAAGAUAUCGUGGACUUUUGGGGCGGUCACAUAGAUGAAAGCCACAUCAAGCCAUGGGGAAAAGAUACGAUCACUGCGCCUGAGUUCGGCGUAAAUGUGAAGAAAUCCACCCCAGAAACUUGUGGCGCAGGCUCCUUGGUUACCCCGGGCUCCCACAGCGCAUACCAAGUUACCAACUAUGGGCAUAUGGUCGGGGAGCUUAUACGAUGGGUUAGGGGGAAACCAGUGACCCAGUUCAUUACCGAGGAGAUUACAAAGCCUUUAGACGUUGAUUACAAGCUUGGUAUUGGUCCGAGCCGCUAA